AUGAACACCUUUGGGUUCUUAGUCCUUGCCAUCCAGGCUUGCUUCGUACAGAAUGUCUACAGCCAAUGCUUGCGUGGGUCUGCCUUCGGUCCAGCCAAUGCUUAUGCCUUGGAAGCUGGCUAUGGACUUGCAGGUCCUUAUGCUCUAGAAGCAGGUCUUGGAAUCAAUGGCUUCGGUUUGGAUGCUGGUUUAGCUGGUCCAUACGCUCUGGAGGCUGGUCUGUCCCCAGCUUUCGGUUAUCCAGCUUCUUUAGCUGGCUUAGCUGGUGCUGGUGCUUAUGGCGGUAGUGGUAUAGGAGACAUAGCGGUGGCUGGUGAGAUGCCCGUCGCUGGUACCACCCUCGUCGCUGGACAGGUGCCCAUACUCGGAGCUGUUCGCUUCGCUGGUGACCUGCCCGCCGCUGGUACCGUCUCCAUCACUGGAAGCAGCGCCUGCGGUUGCGGACGCUACAUAUAA